AGCCGAGAUUUUAGUGCGGCAGCCUUGAGAUGAGCAGUGAGACGAACCAGAAAGAGACGGAGGCGGAGGCGGAGGCUGUGGAGCAGAACUCAGGCAUGCCUGCUCCGGCUAUGGAUAGUGCAGCGAUUACGAACCUGCGUUCUGUGUUCCACCGAGUCCAACUAGCAGCCGAGAGAUCAGGGCGGAAGGCGGAUCAGAUCAGAGUGGUGGCUGCCAGCAAGACCAAACCUGUUUCUCUCAUCCGCCAAGUCUACGACGCUGGUCAUUGCUGCUUCGGCGAAAACUAUGUCCAGGAGAUCGUCGAAAAAGCACCACAGCUUCCAGAUGAUAUCGAAUGGCGUUUCAUCGGGCACUUGCAGCUGCGAUUCACUUUGAUUACUCUGCCAGAAUUGAGAUCAGCCUUCUGCAGAUUCCUGGAACGCAAUUCGGACGCCGGAGGGGGGAGGGCUUUGCACGCCGAAGGGAAUAGAAUCGGACGCCGGAGGGAAGAGAAUCGAGUUUCUUCAAUUGCACAACUUAUGUUGUUUCAAGGGUUCAUUGUUUUCAAGUUCUCUAACUCUUGA